CUGAUCCACGACAUCUGCGGGGACUGGCUGAAGCCGAAGCCGGUGCCGGUCCUCCUGGGGAGUUUGCUGAAGAGGAAGAUGCUACCCAAGGCUGCCCUGCUGGUCACCACGCGGUCCUGGGCCCUGAGGGACCUCCGGCCCCUGAUGGAGCAGCCCAUCUACAUAAGGGUGGAGGGGUUCCUGGAGGAGGACAGGAGGGCCUAUUUCCUGAGACACUUUGGAGAGGAGGACCAAGCCACGCGUGCCUUUGAGCUGAUGAGAAGCAACGCGGCCCUGUUCCAGCUGGGCUCGGCGCCCGCGGUGUGCUGGAUGGUGUGCACGAGUCUGAAGCUGCAGAUGGAGAACGGGGAGGACCCGGCCCCCACCUGCCACACCCGCACGGGGCUGUUCCUGCACUUUCUCUGCAGCCGCUUCCCAAAAGGUGCCGAGCUCGGGCGCACGCUGCGGGCGCUGAGCCUCCUGGCUGCGCAGGGCCUGUGGGCGCAGAUGUCCGUGUUCCACGCAGAGGACCUGGAGAGCCUCCGGGUGCAGGAGUCCGACCUCCGCCCGUUCCUGGACAGAGGCAUCCUCCGCCGGGAUAGAGACUCCAAAGACUGCUACUCGUUCCUGCACCUCAGCUUCCAGCAGUUUUUCACUGCGCUGUUCUACGCCCUGGAGAAGGAGGAGGAGGAGGACGGCCACGCCUGGGACAUUGGGGAUGUGCAGAAGCUGCUUUCUGGAGAAGAACGACUCCAGAACCCUGACCUGAUCCAAGCAGGACACUUCUUAUUCGGCCUCGCCAACGAGAAGAGAGCCACAGAGUUGGAGACCACUUUUGGCUGCCUGAUGUCACGGGAGAUCAAACAGGAAUUACUGCGGUGCGACAUCAUUUGUGACGAGGACAGAUACUCAACCUUGACGGACCUGAAGGAGGUCUUACACUGUCUGUACGAGUCUCAGGAGGAGGAGCUGGUGAAGGGGGUGAUGGCCCCGUUGAGAGAAAUAUCCCUGCACUUAAGUGCCACAGACAUUGUGACCUCUUCGUUCUGCCUCAAGCAUUGUCGAAGUUUGGAGAAAAUGUCACUGCAGGUGAUAAAGGCAAAGCUCCCGGAGAAUGUCACUGCCUCUGAAUCAGAUGCUGAGGUUGAGAGAUCCCAGGAUGAUCAACACAUGCUUCCUUUCUGGACAGAUCUUUGCUCCGUAUUUGGCACAAACAAGGAUCUCAUCAUUCUAGAAGUCAAUAAUAGCUUUCUUAGUGCCUCGCUGUUAAGGAUCCUGUGUGAACAAAUAGCUUCUGACACCUGUCAUCUCCAGAGAGUGGUGAUCAAAAACAUUUCCCCAGCUGAUGCUUAUCGGAACCUCUGCCUAGCUCUUCAAGGUCACAAGACUGUAACACAUCUAAGACUUCGAUGCAGUACCCAGAACGAUAUGCUUCCUGCACUGUGUGAGGUCCUGAGGCACCCAAAAUGUAACCUGCAGUAUCUUGGGUUGGUGUCUUGUUCCGCCACCACUCAGCAGUGGGCUGAUCUCUCCUUGGCCCUUAAAGUCAACCAGUCCCUGACGUGCGUAAACCUCUCCAACAGUGAGCUCCUGGAUGAGGGUGCCAAGUUGCUGUACACAACUUUGAAACACCCAAAGUGCCUCCUGCAGAGGUUGUCGUUGGAAAACUGUCACCUCACAGAAGCCAUUUGCAAGGACCUGGCUGCCGUUUUGGUUGUCAGCCGGGAGCUGAUGCACCUGUGCUUGGCUGAGAACCCCCUCAGUGAUACGGGGGUGAAGUUUCUGUGUGAGGGCUUGAGUUACCCUGAGUGUAAACUACAGACCCUGGUGCUGUGGAACUGUGACAUAACUAGCAAAGGCUGCUGUCACCUCGCAAAGCUUCUCCACGAAAAAUCAAGCCUAAUGAACUUGGAUCUGGGGCAGAAUGACAUAGGAGUUCCUGGAGUGCAGGGCCUAUGUGAGGCUUUGAAGAAACCACUGUGUAACUUGAAACGUUUGUGGUUGUGGGGAUGUUCCAUCCCUCCGGCCAGUUGUGAGAACCUCUCCUAUGUCCUCAGCUGCAACCAGACCCUCAUCACUCUGGACCUGGGCCAGAAUCCCUUAGGGUAUAGUGGAGUAAAGUUGCUGUUUGAAACCUUGACACAUGCAAAUGGCACCCUCCAGACACUCAGGUUGAAAAUAGAUGACUUUACUGAUGAACUCGAUAAGCUACUGAAAGAAAUAGAAGGCAGCAACCCGCAACUGACUAUUGACACUGAGAAUCAAGAGCCCUGGAAAAAAAGGCCUUCUUCUGGCUACUUCAUUGUCUGAAUCCCCCCACCCCAGAGUCAUUCAUUCUCAAUGAAGCCAAGGAUUUCCCAGGUGUCGGUGAACUGCCUGUGACUCCCCCCCACCUCGCCCCCACUCCUCGGGGAAAUGAGUUGAUUGCUGGGUUAGAUGUUUUAGUCAUGGUUCUGCCUCUGUUUUAGGUAGAACGUGCAUAUGUCCUUGACCUUGUUAUGUAUGAUAUAUCUGUAUCACGGGUAUAUGGAGAGAAAUAAAGGUGAGAGCAUUCACAAAUGAA